AGCACCAGGUGGGUUUUUUCGCAUCCUGUUGGCUCACUUCCUUCCAGUCUUUCCAUUCUUUCCAGUCGCUCCUUUGCUACUUUUCCUACUGUAUGAAGUUUGCGCGACCAUGACAACUACAGCCACAACCCAGGCAACGGCGGACCGUCGCGUCGUCCAUUUGAUUCUGCGUCAUCUCUCCGAUAUGAAGUACAAAGACCGUAGACAGCGUGGACCGGACCAGCCCGUCGAAUUCCUCGCAAUUCGCCCGACACUUAUGCCGUCGAUCCUCGUGAACAAGUUGUGGGCCGAACAAGGCACGUCGAUACUAUGGAACAGCUACCCGCACCUUCCUGCUUUACGAGACAUGGCAAUCGAUCGCCGACAGUGGUACGCGAACAAGGCAGAAAAACUCUUCGUGCUGGAACCGGCGGAAAGUGACGAAGGCCUAGCAUACUUGGAGCAGCUGGACUGGCCGAAUUUGAAGACCUUGGAACUCGAACUGGACUGGCAAAGACAUGAGAAAGCGUUCAAGCCGAUGCUACACGCUACACUGCAAGAUCUGGAGCUUCAUGGAUUACAAACUGGGGGCUCUCAGUAUAUCGCUGGAUCCAUACUCCCUGCCUUGUCAGCCUCCUGCACCAACCUACGCAGCAUAUGCUUUGGCCCAGAUAUUGUCAAACACGAAGACCCCGUACACGACCAAAAGCUUCUCGAUCUACUCGAUUCCAUACCUAGCAUUACCGACGUGCGGAUAAAUAAUGCUGGAUUUUCUAGCAAGGACACAUUGUUCAAAUGGCUGAGCCAACGCCCAGGUUUGGAAACCUUACAUAUCGAUCUUGAUCCUGGUUUGCAACUACUGUCCUCGUUUACAGGUCGCAAUGCAUUGUCAUCUCCUUUCUCUUCCCUCAAACGCCUGCACAUCAAAUGUUAUCCCGAAAUGGCACUCACUCUUGCAUCCCACCUCCAGCAUGUGGAAGAGGUGCUGCUCGACAUUGCAAGGAUACCUCACCACACCCAACAAAGUCACGAUGUAAACAUCCUUGAUGAUGUCUUGGGUGCAUUCUCUCAAUGCUCAGAGCUGCAGUCGUUUCAAGUGAACAUCGGCCAACUUUCCCGCGAUUUUCCGUCAGUCGUAUCACACCCAGUUUUGUCUGGGAUAGCCUUAGUGAAGCUCGCUACCGGCUGUUCUAAGCUCCGAGACAUCAACCUGGUCGCUUCAGAGCCAUCUGCGAUCAAUGGAUCGAUGAUCUCCAAGCUUCAGUUCGAAGCCUUCACCAGAAAGCUGCCGAACCUCGUGAGUCUUACUCUGAAGCUCCACCCGCAAACGGCAAUACGUCUGGAAUCUACGGCGCUAGGAAGUCUUGGAAGAAACUGCCCUUUGCUCAAAAUCUUGCGCCUCAAAGUCGCGUUACAUCUGCCAGAUUUGCAGUCACCAGGGAACCCCUCGUCCCCGCAGCCUGUCGAACCGUCCUCACAUGACACAUUGGAGGAUGACAGUAUCCCCAGGCGGCCGUCCAUCGCCAUCAAUGGCCAUCAGCGAGGCCCUUCACUCGACUUUGAACAGCUGGUGGAAUCCAGUAUACCGACCGGGCCGCUUUUCUCAAACCUCACAUAUCUUGCAUUCGCACGUCCGCAAUCGAUACUAUCAAUAGCCAGCGAUACCUAUGCUGUCUCAUCAAACUCGCAGUCCAGCUCCGCUCUCGACCCACUUUUAGAAGAAGACCUUGUUCGAUCAUGGGCUCGACCACUUGCUGUGCAUUUUCCUCGCCUUGAAGUGCUUGAAACUUGGGGGGACUGGGCUGGGCAAGACAAUGAGUCGUUGAACUACUUCUUACCGCGGGAAGAGCUGCUAGCGAGCACGUGGGAGUUUUUGAGUGGCGUAGAACAGGACUUGUGGGAAGAUGGUGAUGAUGAUGAACUUGACGAAUCGACAUGGGUAGAGCCUUCCACGGAACGAUACAGCAUCGUAAGCGCGGAUUGGAACCUGGCCAGCUAUGUCAAUGAGUUCCCAGACGAAGAUGAUGUCGGAAGUGGCGUAUACCUGGAGCCUUAUGAAGAGGAGCCCGAAGGCAUGAUUACACCAGGACGGACACUAGGCAACGAGGAGGAAGCUUAUUUUCGAGGCGCAGAUGCCAAGUACGUUACUGCCUCAGGACCAGCAGCGCUUGCUGUCGCAUCUGACGGUGUUAGCCAUUGA